GAAGUUUAAUGGACGACAAAUUUAUGUUGUUAUCGAAUUAAGCACGUUUGCUUGUGUUAAACAGGGGUUAUUUUUUCAAGAUGGAUGGUUGAUCUGAACUGAAUGGAGAACAAUUAUGGAUGAAGAUCCAGGAUUUCAGUUCAGCAUUGAUCCACUCGGCGAUGGACUGGGUUGUCAAGGAUGUGACAAGUUACAGAAACUUGUUGAUAAACACCAAGAAGAAAAACAGGUCAAUUAUAAAACCCUGAAACAGAAAAUAGUAUCAACAGAUCAGCUGAUUAAAAGAUUUCGUUCUAAAUGCGAAGAAUAUGAUCAGCAGAGUAAAAUGUUGGAAGAUGUCACAAGAAAAUUAGAGAGAAGCAAACGCAACACAGAAACAGUAAAUAGCCAACUACAGACAUCCCUUCAACAGCUCGAACCCCUUAAAAAACAAGCAGAGAAUCUGACCACCUCCUUACGGAGAAAAGAUUCCACAAUACAAACUCUAGAAGAUAAACUGCAAGCAGCUGAGAAGCUUCGAGCACAGUUUGAGGCAGCCAGUCGCGUUCACGACUCUGAAAAACUGAAAAUGGGAAAAGAAGAAAAGGAGCGGAAAGCUUUAACUAAAAAAAUUGAUUCGCUAGAAGCACUGAAACUAAAACAUGAGAAAGAAAUAACCACAUUAAAAGAGUCAAAUAAAAAUUUAAAAAAUGAAAAUAAAACUUUAGAGAAAAAAUUAGAAAAAGCUUCACAAAUGAACUCGGGCUAUCUUAGUGAUGUACAUUCUAAACCAAAGAAAAGCAGCAAAAAAUCAAACACUAAAAAUAAAACUCUCCUCACUGUUGAUGAUGUUUCUACGAACAAAAACAUUCCCUUUACAUCAAGCGAUAAUACUGAUAAUGAAUUGAACGAACCGGUUGGUUUCAUGGAACAAGAUUCUUCAAGUGAAGAAGAAAUAGAUCUGGAUCAUGAUUUUGCCAUAAGCCCCUUAACUGUACUUUUAUCCCCCCUCCCACCCACACCCCAAACCUUUAAUUCCACAGAUGAAGAUGAUUGGGAUGAUGGAUUCGGUACAAAUGAUGUCGAAAAUCUGUCAGAUUCAGAAACUGAAGAAAAUGCUAGUAAAAAUAUUGGAAGUCUAGAAGCUGAGAGAACAGAACAUCCACAAGAUCCCUCUUCUGACACAAAUAGUAGUAAAAUUAUCGAUACCCCUGGUGGAAAUCUAGAUGUUGAGAGAAUGGAACAUCCACCAGAGACCGAUCAUGGCAGUACAAUACAAUUUAAACCAGAUGAUAAAAAGAUUUCAAUUUAUGGGGAGCCAGAUAGUAGUCCGUCUUCUACCCAGAAAGAUGAAAUUAUUUACGACCUUCCAAGUACUUCACGAUUAACAACACAAUGUAGCAGUCAACAAAAUGAAUGCUUAAAUAUUCCGAAGGACGACACGUCUAAUCAUAUUAACAAAACAGAAAUUUAUGAAAAUUCUAUGAAACAAGAUAAAGAGGACAGUGAGCAAGACAUACAUGUAAAACCUCUUAAGGAUGUUCUGACUACUUCUUCAAAUCAUAUUGACAUCGAUGGCCAAUCAGACUUUAAAAAAUGCACUGUAUCAGAUGCUUCCGUAAUGAACAAAAAUUUUAAUUCUGAAUCAUUGUUAGAAAGUAAUGUAAGUGACGUGAAAAACUCUUCAAUUAGUUUUAUAGAUAGAAAAUCCUUAGUUUUAUCAGAAACAAUGAAGCAAACAUCAUAUACCAAUGAACACAACCUUUCCUGUGAUAUUAUAGACUCUAGUCCAGUUAAUGAUGAUAAAAACACCAUGAAUAGUCCAACAGACAUUCAGUCUUCAGUUAUAUCAUCUAAUAUGAAACUGUCAUCAGAGUUUGAUAAUACAAGUAAAGUUAAUGAAGUUAACAAUAUGAACAGUGUAAAGAAUGUUUCUUUGGUUCAGUCUGAUUUACAUAAUUCAGAACAUGCAGUAAACCCAGCUUUAAACAAUAAGAUUAUCAAUUCUUCAGAAAUUAAGAGUAACAUCACAAAAAAGAUGUCAGCAGAAGCAGAUAAGACAAAUGUCACAAUAGAAUCUGUACCGAAAGCUGCACUCAUUGAUACUACAGUGACUGCCACUCCUCCAGGAAUAAACAAUCCUGAUCCAUCUACUUCAGAACACAGCACCAGUUCUUCUCUGGAACCUAGUAAUGCAUUCACUACCUUUCCAACUACCAUAUCAAACAGAAUAUCUGCACCAGCUACUAAUUCCAUUUCAGAUUCUAGAUCGAUUACCAAACCAGUGUCCAACAUCAUAUCUGCUCCAGCUUCUAACACAACUUCUUCCCUUGAACCUAGCACAGAUUCAGUUUCAGAACUUAUUUCAGCUAAAAAGCCUAGCAACAUUACUGGUCUUACUCCAGAUUCUUACAGCUUACCUUUUCCAGAGUCUAGUGCUAGAUCUGCUAAAGCCACUAGCCCAAUGUCUACUCCAAAUCCUGGAUCCGUGUUUGUGGCUGAGACUAGCAACAGAUCUGCUAAAGACACUUACCCAACUUCAACCACAGAGCCUAGAUCCACACCUGUUGCUGAAACUAGCAUCAUAUCUGCUAAAGACAUUUACCCAACUUCUGCUCCAAAGCCUAAAUCCACAUCUGUUGCUGAGACUAGCAUCAUAUCUGCUAAAGAUAUAAUCCCAACUUCUUCCCCAGAGGGCAGAGCCACACCUGUUGCUGAGACUAGCAUAUCUGCUAAAGAUACUAACCCAACUUCUAACUCAGAGCCUAGAUCCACAUCUGUUGCUGAAACUAGCAUCAUAUCUGCUAAAGAGAUUAAACUAACUUCUGCUCCAGAGUCUAAAUCCACAUCCGUUGCAGAGACUAGCAUCAUAUCUGCUAAAGAUAUAAUCCCAACUUCUUCCCCAGAUGGUAGAGUCUCCCCUGUUGCUGAGACUAGCAUAUCUGCUAAAGAUUGUAACCCAACUUGUAUACCAGAGCCUAAACCCACGUCUGUUGCUGAGACUAACACCAAACCCGCUAAAGACAUUAACUCAACUUCUACUCCAGAGCGUAGAUCCAUAUCUGUUCCUGGGACUAACACCAGAAUUGCUAAAGAUGUUGCCCCAAGUUAUAUUCUAGAGUCUAGAUCCACAUCGGCUGCUGAGACUAACACCAGAUCUGCAAAAGGCAGCAUCGCAACUUCUGCUACAGAGCCUAGAUUCUCACUUACUGAGACUAGCACCAGAUCUGCUAAAAAUAUUUGCCUAAUUUCUACCCCAAAGCAUAGAUCCUUAUUUGUUUCUGAGACUAGCACCAUAUCUAAUCAAAUGGUCACCGGCAGUUCAGAAUCUUCUGCUGUAAGCAACCCUGCAACAGGUGAUUUUUCUAAAGAGGACAUUUCUCCUGAAAUGACAACUUUAAAUAAUUAUAAUAAUAAUAAUAUCAAGACUGUUGUUAAUGUGAAGGACAUUGAUGAUUUUAAGAAGGGGAACAUUACUGACAUAGAUGUAGACUUUAAAAAAGUUGAUGACAUUCCAAUUAGCUGUGAUAAUGUUAUUUUCAAUGAUUUGAAAGAUAGUGAAAAUAAAAGAAUUCUUCCUGAUAAAAAUUUAGUCAUGGAAACUAAACAUGUAGAUGAUAAAUCUUCUGAAAAAAUGUUUGUGUCUGUCAGCAACAUCGAAGAUACACAUUCAACUGAACAUCUUGAAGACGAAAUCAUGACAACAGACACAACUCUCCGAACUGGACGGAAGAGACGAAAAGCUUCUAAACGUAAAAUGAAAGAUGAAUUCACUAAAAUAGUUGAUAAAACAAAGCCUAGUGAUAUGGUUAAUACCAUCAAUAAGGAGACUGAAGGACAUAACCAACAUCAAAAUAUUCUCAAGGGCAGAAACAAGAAGGUAACAGUUCCCAAAUUCUGUCCAAAUGAUGAUGAGACUGAAUCAAAGAAAAUAUUUAAGCCUAUCAUAGUCACUCAGAAAUCAACAGGAUUUUUACUCAGUGGACAAGACUUGACAGAUAAUCUUACAAAAGGACAAUCAAGUAAAACAAAAGGGAAGCAAGGUUUGUCUAAAUCGUCUGAUGUUAAUGACGAGAAACCGACAACCAGUGAUAUCUUUGAUGACAUGUUUCAAUGUUUGUCUCGGCCUAUAUCCCCUUUUGACCUUCUGCAGGUUCACAAUCCCAUCUCUCCCCUUCCACCAUCACCUGCUAUAACUACAGAAGAAUGGAUGGACAGUGAGCUUGCAGGUUUCGAUGAUGCAAACGUUGAUGAUACAGCUGUUAUUGAUGAGAUGGACAGAUCUAAUAUUACACUGCCCAGCUCCCUUCCUAAGACUAAAGAUUUGGACAAACUUUCUGUUGAAACUGCUGAUGGUUCUCAUCCACCAACUGAUAAAAUCGCAGAUGAUGCCAAUGUUAAAAAUGUCACAAAAACCAGUAUCUCUAACACGGAAAACACUUUGCAAACUACAGACAAUGAAUUAACAUGCAAUAGUGAGGUAAAGAACAAAAAUCUGCCACAAAUUUCACAAGAAGACGAAGAAGUCGAAAACAUAAACGCUGAUGUUAAAAGUGAACAAUCAGAAACCAACAAAUCUAGACCACAGAAAAACAAAAAACAAACCAUUCUGAUUUCAACUACAGAAAUGAAAAAUAUGUCUCUCAAGAAAAUAAUCAAGCGAAAAAGCACAGAAGUUGAUGACACAGGUUUGAAUAAAAUACUGAAACCGGAACCGUUUGAAUCCGUGACUGGAAAUUCUUCAAAUCUUGGAGAUACACUGCCUUCAGUUCAGCAAAUGUCAGUGAUCAGUCCGGAAACAAAACAAAGUAUGAAGAAUGAUUUGGAAACAUUAAUGUCAGCUGGGCAACCAGAAAUUAUGACAUUUCUGCAUAAAUAUUUCCCUAACAAUAGUUCAUAUUCGUCGUCAUGGCAUCAUUUAGUGUUGGUUAUUCAUCAAGUUUUAAAGAACAUUAACACCGAAAUGGUGUAUAAUUGUUCACAGGGAGAUAACUCUUUCAAUACCCCCUUGAUGUUAGACUGUGAACAUCAUUUAAUACAACUCCUUCAGCAUAUCUCUAGUAAAUUUCCUAUGUGCAAUUUACAUUUCUUCUUAGACAUUCUAUGGACGAGUGCGAUCAUAGAGAGCGAUGACGUGUGUUCAACAGCAUCGAUUUGUCGUGUUUAUACGGCUAUAUGUAGAUUAAAUGGUGACCUAGAACAAGCGCGUGUGUUGAUUUAUCAAAUAGUAUAUUCUACAAAGAAUAGAAGUAAUUUAGUGUUACGUUUAUUAGCAAUUGUUGGCGUGUGGCCGUUAAUCUUAGAUCGUGAUUUUCCGAAAAACAGCAUUAUGCCCUCUGUGAUUGAACAUGUUGUGGUCAAAUAUAGUGGACAAUAUAAACAGAAUCAGCCACAGAUUUUCGCAAAGUUUUGUCAACUCUGUGGCUGGUCAUGUGAUCUCCCUGCCAAUAACAAUAAAAAACUAUUAUCUAACUUAAUCCAACUGCUGAAGGAUCAUGAGAAACAUCCAGAUAAAGUGUAUGAGAUUAUGGCUGGUCUGAAACUUUUAUUACAAAAAGAGGACUGGUUGUUUUUAUACACAGACUUUAUUAAUGUUCACAUAUCAUCAGGAUGUCAAAAAUGGUGUUACAGUAAAACGACGCCGUGGGGCAUAGAUCCGGUGUAUCUCGUAUCCAUUUUAAAAGUACUCGGUGACGUGCUGGUUCCUGAAAAUUCAGAAUACUUUAAGAUUAAAAAUCAGAAUAUCCAGAGUUUGUUGACGACUUUUCUAAUACCGACGCUGCUUAAACAAACCCCAGUGACUAUUGUACCGGACUGUGCUGUUGACGUUAUAAUGAAGUUAUCUCCCUAUGCCCCACAGUUUUCAAUGACCAAUUUGUAUCGUUGGUACAAAAAGAUAAAAGCUGUUAUACCCCAGCAGAUAAAACUUAGGUUACAACAGACGCGGCAUCAUUUACUAGAACAUCUGCCUAAAUUUCAGUGUGCAGAAUUUGUUUAACAACCCACUAGUUGAUACUCUUCUUUAAUAUAUAAAGAGCUGCUGUUAUUCAGGGAUGUAUAUUAGGAAUUUUAAGACUAAAUCUUGCUAGUCAUGUUACUCAUUUAAACCAUCUUUCUCUACAGUGUCAGAUGAAUUGUGGCUUGAAUUAUUUUAAAUUUAGCAUAUCUGUUUAUUUAAUUCAGUUCAAAGUUGAGAUGAUUUGAUGCUUUUUUUCAGAAAAAUGUGAUUAUGUAUAAAUUGAGACCCAAAUUUUUUGUUGUAGUUUAUUGUACAUUCAGUGUACAUUUAAAUCACAAUAUCUUCAAAAUAUAUUUUGAUGAAAUUGCAAAAUUCUAAAUUUUGAAAAUAUAGGGUGGGGGGGUGGGUCUCUUUUUUUUUACAUUUACAUGACAUACGCUUAUAUGUAGAAUCUUUCUAUUAGAAAGCAAAGACCCAACACUUAAGAUCCAUUUACAAAUAAUGAUUCAAUAAUUAUCAACUAAAAAAAAUAGGCUUUCAACCUUUCGUCUAUCUUUUACCCAUGCCUAAUCAGUUCUGUGUUCAUUACCCUUGUAUGAAAUGAAAUGGAGUUUAACAUCCUACUGUUCUGCUCGGACUGGGCUAAUGAAUACAGGCAUAAGCCAUACAGUUUGCUACAAUGGAAAUUUUGCCCAGACAGUGGUGCUACGGCCCAUUCUUAUAUUGAAUUCAGUUUUUCCUCCCCAAACUUGUAUAAAGUUGAAUCUAGUCAUUUCUAGGAAUUCAUAAUCACAGAUUGUAAAACCUGUUAUAUCAUUAAAAAAUUCACAACAGUUCUUAUGGAAGACAAUUAUUACUAAAUUUAAUCAAUCUACUAUGAUUCUCUUGUUAUUUUCAAGCAUAAUACUGAUAGUCAGAAAGAACAUUGGUGGAAUCACUUAAACAAUUUGAAUAGUUAAAAUCACUUAAAUAAACUUUUCAUUGGUUUAAAGAUUAUGAAAUCCUAAUGUGUUACAUGUAUAUCAUGGACCUAAUUUGUCCAUGGUAAUAUCAUCUUUUUGUUCAAAUUAUAUUGUUGUGCGUGUAUUUAAAUUAGAGCAGUAGAUCUACUAUUUAAUUCCUAGAGCAUGUGAGUCCAAGGAAACGGAAUAAUAAUUAAUAUUUUUGUAAAUAUUUUGUACCAUGCAUGGUAGACCUAUGUUUGUUGUUAUCGUUAUAUUUUGUUAUGUAUAGAAAA